AUGACCGACUGGUCCAAACUCAAGGUCGCAGACCUGAAGACCGAGCUCAAGAAUCGUGGCCUCGCCCAAGCCGGGCUCAAGGCCGAACUCGUCGCGCGUCUGGAAGAGGCCGAUCAGGCUGACCAGCAGGCGCCCAACGGAGAGGAGGGUCAGAAUGGCGACGACGACGACGACGACGACGACGGCCACCACCACCACCACGACGGAGAUGUCGAGAUGGAUGACACCGCUGGCGCGGAAGAGACACAAGCCGAUGCCGAAGCCGAUGCCGAGGUAGAAGUCGAAGCCGAAGCUGAAGCUGAGCCUCAAGCAGAGACACCUCCCCCCCCUCCUCCCCCUGCCGCCACCACCGACGACGACCGGCCCGGAGAGUCCGACGCUGCUGCUCCGACAGACGCACCCAUGGCAGACGUACAGAUGGACCAAGAUGACAAGUCGGAGCCGACAGCCGAUGACGCGCAGCAACGACCCCGACGCGACGCCAGCCCCGCCCCGACCCCGGCCCCGGCCCCGGCCCCAGCUCCCGAUGCAGACGCGGACGUAGACGCGGACGUAGACGCGGACGCAGACGCGGACGCACCUCCGUCCCUCCACGUACCCACAUCAGCCCUCUACAUCUCCAACCUGAUGCGGCCCUUGCGACCGGCAGACGUGCAGACGCACAUAGCCAGCCUCUCCUCGUCCGCCGCCGCCGCCGCCGCCGACGAGUCCGCCGACGUCAUCACGGCCUUCCACCUGGACCAGAUCCGCACCCACGCCCUCGUCUCGCUGACGAGCACCGCCGCUGCCCGUCGCGUGCGCUCCCGCCUCCACGGGACGGUGUGGCCCAACGAGAGCAACCGCAAGGCCCUGUUCGUCGACUACGUGCCCCCGGAGAAGGUGGCCGACUGGAUCGAGGCCGAGACGCGGGACGUCGGCGGUAGCGGCAGCGGCAACGGGCACCCUCGAUCGUCGAAACGCUGGGAGGUCGUCUACUCACCCGACGGGACGGCCCAGCACACCACCGCUUCCGGCAACGUACCCGGCAGCGCACCCGGUCCUGGUCCCGGCCUUCCCACCUCCGGCGGUGGCGGCGGUGCCCCCCCGUCCGCCCCCACGGGUCCGAGAAGUCUGCUCGAACCCCCGACGGGUCCGAGAGCCAAGCGUUCCGGUCCCGGUCCGUUCCCACCUCCCGCCUCCUCGGGCGGCCGUACCACCCGGUCCUAUCCGCCUGUCCAGUUCGCCCCCGUGUCGGACGACCUGGCCCGCCGUCGUCUGUCGAGCAUGCACUCCUUCUACACCGACAGGAGGGGCCCUUACGGCCGGGACAUAAACCGGUACUCGUUCGAGGAUGCCGAUAGCUUCGUCGAUAGGGGCAAGGAGGUCUUUGAGGGCAUCAGGCCGCCGCAUAGGCAGCGGGGUGGCGGUAGGGGGCCAGGUCGUCUCCUUCCUCCCCCUGGCCCUGGCGGCGGCGGCGGCGGCGGCGGCCGGAGGAGGAGGAGGAGGAAUGGAGGUGGGAGGCCUAGGAGUGAUAGGUACCUGCCUGGUUUGGAUCGGUGA